AAAGAGAAAUAGUUGAGAAGAAAAAGCAUAGCGAGCAUGGUGCACUGUUUGGUGUUAGCAUAUCCAGCACAAGGCCACAUUAACCCCAUGCUUCACUUCUCCAACAUCUUGCACCAACAAGGUGUCAAAGUCACCUUCGUCACAACCAUUUCCUUCUGCAACAACAACUUCCACAACCUACCCUCUUCUCUUUCACUCCAAACCAUUUCUGAUGGGUUUGACAAUGGAGGGAUCCACGAAGCAGGAAGCUACAGAACCUACCUCCAACGUUUCUGGCAAGUGGGGCCAAACACUCUCGCCGACCUUCUUCACAAACUUCACAGAGAAGGUGACCCUGUUCAUUGUGUCAUUUAUGAUUCACUCUUCCCUUGGCCUCUCGAGGUUGCAAAGAGGUUUCAGAUUGCAGGGGCUUCUUUUCUCACUCAAAACAUGUUUGUUAAUACCAUAUACUACCAUGUCCAACAUGGGAACCUGCAACUUCCCAUCACACAAAAUCAGAUUUCUCUUCCUCCGUUGCCUGAACUUCAACGUCACGACAUGCCCUCCUUCUUCUUCCCUACUGAUGCCGAUAAUCCAGCGUUGCUUGAUUUGUUAGUGGGUCAGUUUUCAACCGUCGACGAAGCUGAUUGGAUCCUCUGCAAUUCAUUCUACGACGCGGAAAAAGAGGUAAUUGAUUGGGCGAAGAAGAUAUGGUCCAAUUUUAGAACCAUAGGGCCAUGCAUAACAUCCAUGUUAUUAAACAAGCCAGUAGUUGCAGACGAUGAAGACGAAGAAUGCAUGGAAUGGUUAAAUGGUAAACCAAAAGAAUCCGUUGUUUAUGUUUCUUUCGGGUCCAUGGCAGAGCUGGAGGAAGAACAAGUAAAGGAAAUAGCUUAUGGUCUGAGAGAUAGUGAAAGGUACUUCGUGUGGACGAUGAGGGCCUCAGUAGAAAAUAAGCUUCCAAAAGAUUUUGAGAAGAGAUCAGAGAAGGGUAUAGUUGUAGGGUGGUGCUCCCAGAUAAAGGUCCUAGGUCACGAGGCUGUAGGGUGUUUUGUGACGCAUUGUGGUUGGAACUCCACAUUGGAAGGUUUGAGUAUAGGAGUUCCAAUGGUGGCAGUGCCAUGUUGGUCUGAACAAUACACAAAUGCUAAGUUAGUUGCAGACAUGUGGAAGAUCGGAAUCAGAGCUAAAGCUGAUGAGAAAAAGAUUGUGAGAAGAGAAGUGCUGAAAGAUUGCAUAAUGGAAGUAAUGAAGAGUGAGAGAGGCAAAGAGGUGAAAAGCAAUGUCAUGGAGUUGAAGGCUUUGGCCGAACAUGCUGUGAGUGAGAAAGGAACAUCUCAUGAAAACACUGUUGAAUUUCUGAAUAGCUUAGCUGCUUCAACUCAGAAGAUGCGUGCAUGAGUUAUGUUGAUUGUGGGGUUGAAGAAAAUGGCACCUUCAAAAUUAAAUAAAAGAAUUCUAUUAUUGUGUGUUUGUACAAGGUAAUUCUGUAAGAAAUUCAAAUGUUUAAUGGUUGAAUGGUUUGUAAUUCA